AUGAACAUCAAAUUAUCCCUCUUCAUUACUCUCAUUAUUCCUGCUCUCACAGUGUUAGCCGCAGCACCAUCACAACAACCCGAUCCCCAAGGAGAUGGUCAUCAAGCCUCUGGUUUAGAUGGUGUCCAGGCGAGUCCUGGGAACGGCCAAACCCUCAGCCCCGAAGAAAUGAAAGAACAGUGCUUCGGCUAUUGUCAAGUUGCCGAUGAGGAGUUGCUUUACGCAUGUUUGGGCAGCUGCAAGUUUAACAUGGAGAGAUGCAAUAAGCCAGAGUGCAAUUGA